AUGAAAGAAAAUCCAUCUAUUAGUGUGACCAUUCUCUUAGCAUAUCUUAUUCUAGCCAUCGGAGGAAAAGAAGUAAAGUGUAUCAGACGAGAAGAAAAUACUAGCGGGGUCCCACUGAAUCAAAAAGUCAAUAAGACUAUUCUGGUUGACGGAAGAGAUGUUUAUGACUGCAUCGAUGUGAAUCUACAACCGGCCUUUAGCCAUCCACUACUAAAAGACCACAAAAUCCAGAUGGAACCAAGCUCUUUCCCACAAAGUAUUUCUACCAAAUCUCCGUCGAUGGAUGUCAUCCCACAGGCCCAAUUGCCCUUGAUUGAGUGCCCUAAAGGAAUGAUUCCGAUAUUGCGUAACAACAGAAGGGUCCAGACGCCAAUAGAAACUAUUGAUAAAGUGACUACCAAUGAAGAACAUGAGGUUGCAGGAGUGGAGUAUUAUGAUGAGCUAUAUGGAACACGGGCUAAAAUAAAUAUCUAUAAUCCUAUGGUGAAAAAUAAUAGUAAGGAUCUAAGUGCAGGAUCUAAGAUAAUAAAAGCAGGUGUUGCAGAUGGGAUCGGGGCUGGUUCUUGGGUAUAUCCAAGCUACAGUGGUGACAACUCUGCUAGGUUUCAUGUUGCUUGGGUUGAUGGCUUAAAGACUUGCCCUGAUCAUGAUUGUGGCGUUUUCGUGCAAGUUAGCUCAAGUGUUGGUCUAGGAGGAAGACUUAAACCAGUUUCUGUCUAUAAAGGACCACAAUACAUGAUAGAUGUUGCUAUUUUCAAGGAUCCAGUGACUAAACAUUGGUGGGUGGCUUAUGGUCCACAAAACAUACAUAUUGGAUACUGGCCAAGACAAAUUUUCCAUUUCAUGAAGGAUCAAUGUAAUUAUGCAUUAUGGGGUGGAUAUGUUCAAGGUCCGACAGCAUCAUCAGACUCUCCACAAAUGGGUAGUGGCCAUUUUGCUUCCGAAGGACUUGGAAAAGCAGCAUUUGUGAGAAAUAUCGAAAUUUUAAAUAAGAAAAACAAGUAUGUUAUUCCAGAUGAAAAUAAAUUUGGGUAUGUCACCACCAAUUUAUCCAAAUAUACUGCAAAGGGUUCUGUUGAUGGAUAUAGUCACUUUGGUGUGCAUACUUACUAUGGUGGACCUGGUGGUUUUGUUUGAAUAUAUAUGUAAAAUUAUUAAUAAAGUUUCGAUAAUCUAAUUAAUUUGUGAACUUG